CGGGCGAUCCACGACGGGCUACAACCCAACACCUUGCUUCUGCUGGAACAUCCUCACGUUUACACCCGGGGCCGACUUUCAAAGCCCGAGCAUAUCCCCCUAUCCCCUGAAGACCUGGUGGCACAAGGCAUCGAUGUGGUGGAGACCGACCGGGGCGGCCAGGUAACCUACCACGGCCCUGGCCAGUUAGUCGCCUACCCCAUAGUUAACCUGCGCGACUGGGGUGGGCCGCUAAAGUACGUCCGCAAUUUAGAGCAGGUUAUUAUCUGUGCCCUGGCAGACUUCGGUAUCAACGCCGGUGUCGAGCAAGGUUUGACCGGUGUGUGGGUCGGAAACGCAAAGAUAGCUGCCAUUGGGGUUAAAAUCAGCCGAGGCGUUGCCCACCACGGCUUCGCGAUCAAUGUAGACCCCGACCUCUCGAAGUUCGCCCAAAUAGUCCCCUGCGGCAUAACCGACCGGCGGGUAACGUCAAUGGCUCAACUGUUGGGAGCUAGUACGCCGGAAAUGCCUGCCGUCCAACACAGCGUGGCCCGUCGCUAUGGGCGGGGCAUGGGGUACCGGAUGGGUAGGAUUCGCAAUUCAUUGGUGGGACAAUUAGCCUCACCUGGCGGAUCGGAAAUGCGUACCACUGUUGAAUGA